AUGGCUAUGCGUGAAUAACCGUGUCCUUACAGAAUCAUUGAUGAUUUUGGAGGAGCUUUCUCGAUGGGGUGCUUUGCUGGAUGCAUAUUCUAUUUCUUAAAAGGCAUGUCAUUUGCUCCAAAGAAGGAGAGAUUUUUCGGUGGAAUCUAAUUAUUAAAAAGAAGAGCCCCAAUUUUAGGAGGAUCAUUCGCUCUUUGGGGAGGAUUGUUCAGUAUCACAGAUUGUACUCUUAUGCAUCUGAGAAAUCAAUAAGAUUUUAUUAAUCCCAUAGUUGCUGGUGCAUUUACAGGAGGAUUUUUAGCCAUAAGAGCUGGUACAAGAAUUGCAGUUAGAAAUGCUAUAUUUGGAGGCAUAAUCUUGGGUUUCAUACAAUUGGCUGAAGUUGGAAUGCUUAAACUACAAAUGAGAGAAGAAAUGAGAAGAAUGCAAUAACAACAAUAAUAAUAAAUGCAAGAAAUGCAAGAAAUGAUGGCAAUGCAAGGCUAAUAACCAAGUAAAAAACAAUAACCCAAAGUUGAAAAAUAUUGAAGUUUAAUAUAUAUCUGUGUUCCUUUAUUAUAUUAGUUUUUUUUGAAAA